AUGAACCCCAUGCUGGGCCUGGGCCUGCUUCUGGCUGGCCUCCUCCCUGUAGAAGGCCUUCUGAAUCCCAGCUUCUCUCCAAAGAAUCGUGGAAUUGUAAGCCAGUUCUCAGCAUGGAAGAGCAGGAGGACGUCCCAGGAGCUUGCCAAGCGGAACACGGAGUUUGGCUUCAAUCUGUUCAAGAAACUGGCCUCCGACAAGCCCAAUAAGAACAUCUUCUUCUCCCCCUUGAGUAUCUCUACAGCCUUCUCCAUGCUGAGUCUGGGUGCCCAGGACUCCACCCUGGGAGAGAUCAAACAAGGAUUCAAUUUCAGGGCUAUGCCAGAGGAAGACCUUCAUGAAGGUUUCCGUAACCUCAUCCCCAGGCUGAACCAGGGGAACCAGAAUCUGGACCUGGGCCUGGAGAAUGCCUUGUUCAUCGACCAGAAGGUGAAGCUAGAGCAGAAGUUUUUGAAAAAUAUCAAGAAAAUGUACAAUGCAGACACCAUCCCCACUGAUUUCCAUAACUUGGAAAAUGCGCGACAACAGGUCAAUGACUACGUCAGCGAGAAAACCCACGGGAAGAUCGAGGACCUGAUCAACAGCAUAGCCCCUGGCACUGUGAUGCUUCUGGUAAAUUGCAUUUUCUUUCGAGCCAGGUGGCAACAGGAGUUUGAUCCAAAAGAAACGAAAGAGGAAGAUUUCCUAAUGGAUGGAAACAGGACGGCGAAGGUGCCCAUGAUGUUCCACGGGGGCAUGUACGAGGUGGGCCGUGAUGACGAGCUCGCCUGCACCGUCCUGGAGAUGCCCUACCAGGGCAACGUCACGGCCACCUUCAUCCUCCCAGACGAGGGCAAAAUGCAGACUGUGGAGAAGGCCUUGAAGAGGGACACUUUUGCCAGAUGGAAAAAUUUGAUCACACGAAGGGUCGCCGACGUGUCCAUGCCCAAGUUCUCCAUCACUGGCACCUACGACCUGAAGAAGAUGCUGUCCUACCUGGGCGUCAGCAAGGUCUUCGAGGCACACGGGGACCUCACCAGGAUCUCCCCGGAUCACAACCUGAAAGUGAGCGAGGCCGUGCACAAGGCCACCAUGAGGAUGGACGAGAAGGGCACAGAGGCGGCCGCGGGCUCCGGCGCGCAGACGCUGCCCAUGGAGAAGCCGCUGGCUGUCAAGAUGAACAGGCCCUUCCUGCUGGUGAUCAAGGAAAAGACCACGUCCUCCCUGCUCUUCCUGGGCAAGAUCACGGAUCCCGCCGGCGAGUAA